AUGUUGCUCUUCUGCCCCCAUUGCGCCAACAUCCUCACCGUGUCCCUGACCAACACGCGAACCAACCGUCUCGAGUGCCGCACCUGCCCCUUCGAGCACCAGAUCACCGAGCCCGUCUUCUCGCGCCGCGUCUACGAGCGGGUCGAGAAGGAGGACGUCUUUGGCGGGCCGGGCGCCUGGGACAACGCGCAAAAGGGCCGCGUGCAGUGCCCUGCCGAAGGCUGCGACGGCGACGAGGCUGCCUUCUUCCAGGUGCAGAUCCGCAGUGCCGACGAGCCCAUGACGAGUUUCUACAAGUGCAUGACGUGUGGAAACCGGUGGAGAGAAAACUAA